CUCACGACCAGUGAAUCUUGAAAAGCAACCACCGUUCGGCGCCGAAGCUCAGUCUACUUCGGGCGGUGGUGGAAAGUGAAUCUUGUGCCGUGGUCUCCCUCUGAGCGAACCCAGCGACCGAACCGCGCGAAUCGUUUCCCUUCCUAUAUAAAGAUCUCCGAUCCGUGUUUUAAUCUUAUUCUUCAACCGUGGCUACCUUAGUGGAACGUUACAACUGCAGAAGCAGCAGCAGCAGCACAGCCAAUAUGGACGAUACGAUCGACGAGGAAGUGAUCUCUGCCGGCGCUACAAUUACCGUGGAGUUUAGCGGUGGCGCGGAGACGCUGUUCGGAGGAGUCAAGGAACAUGUGGUCCCGCUGGACGGGUCCAAAAUUGUCAUGCAUUUUUGGAGGAAAGUUUCAACUCGUAAAGGUCACUGUGCUACUCGAAGAAAUGCUCCGGUGGCUUCGGGACAACCUCCUCACCGGCGAUCCUAACCUAUUCCUGCAGGAAAAUACCGUACGACCGGGCAUCCUGGUCAUGAUCAACGACACCGACUGGGAUUUGAUGGGUGAAACCGACUACAUUCUGCAACCGGGUGACCACAUCCUGUUCAUUUCCACCCUUCACGGAGGUUAGACGCUGCCCGCAGGAAUUGGGAUCUGUGAUACAAAACAAUUUUUGGUAUAGAACAGUUGAAUUUGUCCUUUGUGUAUUAGAGCAAAUGGAAGGAAGGAGGUUUCCUUUCCUACUUGUUGUUUGGCUAGUGUAUUAACAAAAAAAAA